GAGUUUCAGCAUGUACAUGUGUGCGCUCGCAUUACAUUGGUCAGGAAAGUAGGAGGAUCCUGCAGCUACUACACAACAGACUACUGCCCGGAACUGUCCAGCCUUUUAAUGCACUCCCCUCCGUGCGCUUACCUUUUUCUUUUUUUUUUUAAUAGGCUGCUGUAAUGUGACGAGGUGUUUGUUGUCUGAAGGAGAACAAGCUGCAGGUUAAGUUCAGACGUGUCUCCAGCGCGGACCUCAGCAGUACUCGCUGUAAACUUUACACCAACAACACCCGAGCUCGUUUUUUAAAGUUACGGCUCGUGUUCAUCUCGCGCUGACGAGCAACUGUCGGUUUCGAUAGCAGACGAUAAAGAGUGACAUGUGAGUGGAGGCGCCCCGCGCUCGGACACGAUGGAGACGGAGGACACGGAGAGCAGGAGCACGGAGCACGGCUGCUUGGACAAGACGUGCUCAGCUCUCACCGUCAACGACGUGUAUGAAAUAGCCAAACUAGUCGGCGCCGAGGUGGAGAAAGUCAUCGACGGCUACGGCAAAGAAAGCGUCGAGGGUCUGGUGCCGAGGAUAGUGAAAGUGCUGGAGCUGCUGGAGAGCUUCGCCUCUAGGAACCAGGCUCACAAGCUGAGGGAAGAGGAGCUGCUGAGGACCUUCGAGACCAUACAGCUGCAGCAGCAGAAGAGACGCGGAGGGAAAGACGGCGAGGAGGGCUUCUGCGGUGAAAAUGACACACGGCAGGAGUUGGUGCAAAAGGAGGAGCAGUGGAAGAAGAGGUGCGAGGAGCUUCAGGUCCAGGUACAGCAGCUCCAAGAGGACAGGGAGGAGCUGAUGAGCCGGCUGAAGGGCAGCCAUGCACAAGAAGACCAUGCUCAGCGACAGGAGCGGGAGGUGAUGCUAAAGCUGAAGAAGGUUGUGGAUAAGCAGAGAGAUGAACUGAGGGCCAAAGUCCAGGAGAUAACCACCAUCUCCAAAGAAGUGGAAGCGCUCCAGGAGCAGUUGGACCGCUUCAUGAAAAUGAACGCGGAGCUGCGACACAAGCAGAACGUGCUGCAGACCCAGCUGAAGAGCACCGUGGAGAGGAAGGCCGACAUGGAGGCCGACCUGAAGGAGAAAAGCCAAGAGAUAGAAAACCUCCUGGCACAGCUGGACAGAACCAACAGCAACAGCCCUUCGCAUCCAAGUCCGACUUCUAAGUCAGUGAAAAAGUCAACACCUGACCAGAAGGAUCCCGAUCAGCCGUGCUUUACCAAGAAGGAGGUACGAGACAUCUUGUUUGAGAGGAAUGAGCUCAAAACCAACCUCUUCCUGGUGCAGGAGGAGCUCAACUACUAUCAGAGAGAGAUAUUGAAUGAGGAGAGGUGUCCAGGCUUCCUCUUAGAAGCCGUCCGUUCUGCCAUCAAUAAAAAAAGAAAGCUCAUCAAGGCCAAGAUGCUCGGGAUCCCUGUCAACGAAUGCAACAGCAGCGAUGAGGAAGACAGGAGUUCGCUGUAUGGGCAGACAGAGGUGGACGGCACAGAAGUAGAUGGGCCUGACAAACCAUCGGAGUCACGCAUUCGGAACCUCUUUGGCUUUCUGACGCGGUCGAGCAGCGGCCGCAGCCCGACCCACAUGACUAACUCCACCUCCACCUGGGAGAUCAUCGGAGACUCAGAAGGCAACGAGGAGGCAGAGCGCCAACCGUCCUGAGUCUGGUACUGACCACCGAGUUUGCACUGUGACACUUCUCCGAUUUAGUCAGACGCCCUCCUCUCCCUCAGCUGGUUAUGUGAAUGCAGAGAGUAUAACACAAAAGUGUUAUGUGGGAGUGAGGACGGAGAACAUGUGAGCCCUUAAAGCUGAUCACUAUAUAGGUUCUACGAUGAUCUUGAUUCAUUUCCCACUUUGUUUAUUUUAGUUUUGCCAUACGUCUUCUUCUUUUCCAUUGGAGUUAUAAACAAGGGGACCUGUUUAACUACAGGAUAUUCGAUACGGUGGAGUACAGUAUUAAGAGGAACAUUUUUUAAAGAUUCUUCCUUUUGUAACAUUCAAGUAUUUAAAAAAAAAUCAUAUGUUCUUAAUUACGAGAAAGGCAUUUUAAAAAAGUAGAUUUUUAUGUAUAAAUAUUUAUAUACAUCAUCAAACAAAAACCAAAGACAAUAUACGUGUAAAUAUUCUGAAAUGAAACAAACUACAGGAGUAUAAAACACAGUAAAUUAAAGAGGGACAUUUGUUCUUUUUAUAACUGGUAAAAUUUAUUUUGCAGCAAGAAAUGAUCAUGUAACUCAUACCUCAGUGGGGGAAUUUUUUAGCAACAUGCAUUUUUCAUGAUCUCAAGCACUUCUAUGUUCAAGGUGUAGUACCAGUUUCUUCCAGCAGUGAGUGCAUUUUAACCCCUUAAGCCUUAGCUCACUGCUUGUAUUGUAGAAAAUAUAUUUUCUUAAUCGUAGUUCAGUCUCUGCACCGAGCCAAAGCUGAUGUGUAUGUAAUGGUUGUGCCAUAAGUGUGUUUUUGCCGGGAGUAUCAUCCUCUGCACAUUGAUUACUUUAAAACGAACUUCCUUGUGGUAAUGACACGUCUCCUUCAACUGACGACAACAUAAUAAACCCCCCCUGUUCCUUUUUAAACGUCUGAUAGUAGCUCUACUCAGACCUCCCAGUGGCAUUUUUUGAGGGACAAUGUAUGCACUUCCUACCAAUCAGACUUCCUACUCCUAAAAUACUGUGUUUUUGGUUUAUUUUUGUAAGCGUGUUUAUAAUGGAACGUUUCAGCUGAUGAAAACACAUUUAAAAUGUGAACCAUUAUGUGAGUGCAUUUUAUUGUAAGUGUGGAUUUUCUGUGACAUUUCAGUAAAAAUCCAUUAAACACACGACUUUGUUGAAACCUCAAA